ACGGUUUUGAUUAGCUUCAAGAAAUGUCAUCAAGAUCAUAUACGAAUCUCUUGGAGCUUGCCUCCGGUGAGUCAUCUCCGGCGUCCUUAGGCCAAAUAAGACGGAGGAUACCCAGGGUUAUGACUGUUUCUGGGAUCGUCUCCGAUGACGAUUCAUCGGAGAGUGUAUGCUCCGAUGAACCGACGUCUUCCGUCUCGAAAGAUCGAAUUAUCAUGGUAGCUAAUCAGCUGCCUAUAAGGGCACACCGAAAAUCGGAUACGAACUGUGCCCUUAGCAAUAGUAGGGGUAGCAAGGGUUGGAUUUUCAGUUGGGAUGAGAAUUCUCUUCUCCUCCAAAUGAAAGAUGGAUUAGGAGAUGACGAUGUUGAGGUUAUUUAUGUUGGUUGUUUAAAGGAAGAAAUUCACCCGAACGAACAAGACCAAGUCUCACAGAUUCUUUUCGAGACCUUUAAGUGCGUGCCGACGUUUUUGCCGGCUGAUCUUUAUAGUCGGUAUUAUCAUGGAUUCUGUAAGCAGCAACUAUGGCCUUUGUUUCAUUAUAUGUUGCCUUUGUCUCCGGAUCUCGGCGGCCGGUUUAACCGGUCUUUGUGGCAAGCUUAUGUGUCGGUCAAUAAGAUUUUCGCCGAUCGGAUUAUGGAGGUGAUUAAUCCGGAGGAUGAUUUUGUGUGGGUUCAUGAUUAUCACCUCAUGUUGUUACCAACUUUCUUGAGGAAGAGAUUCAAUAGGGUUAAACUGGGGUUCUUUCUUCACAGCCCCUUCCCUUCGUCCGAGAUAUAUAAGACAUUGCCGAUCCGGGAGGAACUUUUACGUGCCUUUUUAAACUCGGAUUUAAUCGGCUUUCAUACAUUCGAUUACGCGAGGCAUUUUUUGUCGUGUUGUAGUCGAAUGCUUGGUCUUAGCUAUGAAUCCAAGAGAGGGUAUAUAGGCCUGGAGUAUUAUGGAAGAACUGUUACUAUCAAAAUUCUCCCUGUAGGGAUACACAUGGGUCAGUUGCGAUCGGUUUUGAGCCUCCCCGAGACCCAAGCAAAGGUUGCAGAGCUUCAUAUGCAGUAUUGUGAUCAGGGAAGGAUAAUGUUUCUUGGGGUGGACGAUAUGGACAUAUUCAAGGGUAUUAGUCUGAAGCUGCUAGCAAUGGAACAGUUUCUUUCGCAGCAUCCCGAGUGCCAGGGGAAGUUGGUGUUGGUUCAAAUAGCUCUUCCGGCGAGAGGCCGAGGAAAAGACGUGAAAGAAGUGCAAGAGGAGACAUAUUCGACUGUGAAGAGAAUUAACAAAACUUUCGGGAAGCCUGGUUAUGAUCCAGUCGUAUUGAUUGAUGAACCGCUUAAGUUCUACGAGAGGAUUGCCUAUUAUACGGUCGCUGAGUGUUGUUUGGUAACGGCUGUUAGGGAUGGAAUGAAUCUCAUACCGUAUGAAUAUAUAAUCAGUCGGCAGGGGAACGAAAGGUUGAAUAUGGUUCUAGGGUUGGAUCCUUCUGCACCGAAGAAAAGCAUGUUAGUUGUGUCUGAGUUCAUUGGCUGCUCCCCGUCACUGAGUGGAGCGAUUCGAGUAAAUCCGUGGAACAUCGGUUCCGUGGCGGAUGCAAUGGACACUGCCCUUGCUAUGGCAGAGGCCGAAAAACAGGGGAGGCAUGAAAAGCAUUACAGAUAUGUUAGCACACAUCAUGUUGGAUACUGGGCUCGUAGUUUCAUUCAAGAUUUGGAGUGGACGUGUCGAGAGCACUCGAGACUGGGAUGCUGGGGUAUCGGUUUCGGGCUAAGUUUUAGAGUUGUGGCACUUGAUCCUAACUUCAGAAAGCUCUCCAUGGAGCACAUUGUAUCGGCUUACAAGAGAACGACUACUCGGGCCAUUAUUCUCGAUUACGAUGGCACAUUAAUGCCACAGGCUUCCAUCGACAAGAGUCCAUCAUCUAAAUCCAUUGACAUCUUAAAUAGCUUGUGCAGAGAUACAAACAUGGUUUUUAUAGUCAGUGCCAAAAGCCGGAAGACGCUCACCGAAUGGUUUUCUUCGUGUGAGAACCUAGGAAUUGCCGCCGAGCACGGUUACUUUUUGAGGCUUAAGCGAGAUGAUGAGUGGGAAACAUGUGUGCCGGCCAUAGACUCUACUUGGAAGCAGAUUGCAGAACCUGUGAUGCAGCAAUACACGGAGACUACAGACGGGUCCAACAUCGAAGAUCGGGAGACCACCCUUGUCUGGUGUUACGAGGACGCAGAUCCAGAUUUCGGAUCAUGCCAAGCUAAAGAACUUCUCAAUCAUCUCGAAAGCGUGCUGGCCAAUGAACCUGUGACGGUAAAGAGCGGACAGAAUGUUGUGGAGGUUAAACCGCAGGGUGUAAGCAAGGGUUUGGUUGCGAAGCGCCUACUUUCCACCAUGCAAGAGAAGGGAAUGGUACCAGAUUUCGUUCUGUGUAUUGGAGAUGACCGAUCUGAUGAAGACAUGUUCGAGGUAAUAACCAGUUCGAUAGCAUGCCCGACGAUCAAUCCCAGAGCCGAAGUUUUCGCAUGUACCGUCAGUAAAAAACCCAGCAAGGCCAAGUACUACCUCGACGACACAGUUGAAAUUGCUAGGUUGAUGCAAGGUCUAGCUUCCGUCUCCGAUCAAAUGCUGCUUUCCCCGUUGACAUAGCCUAGGCAAAUGAAGGUUCCCUUCAUCGUAUUGUGCUUGUCUUCGUGUUUCGGAGAUCGAUCGAACACCAUUGUUGAUUCCAGAUAAAGCUUCGAUAAGCUGUUACCGCUAUUUUUGCCGUUGUUCCCCAACUUUAUCGUAGUUCUGUAGUUGAAAUCGAUUUCCCAUCAGUUUGACAAUAUUUACUGCG